UUCACACACUCUUUUCAGCACCCGCUUCCGGCGCCGCGACCAUGGACUAUUCUGAAGAGUACGAGGCUGUGUUCCGGUCUCUGCUCCGGUUGUACCAGUCUGAGUCCUUGGUUGACGAUGGAAGUGCCAGCAAGGAGCUCGUGUUCAACCCUGACGCGGUCAUCGCCCACUGCUUCAAGCAGUUCAAGCGGGAGGACUUCCACCUGCCUCAGAGCCGCCGGAGGAUCAUCUUCUUGCCUCGAAAGGAGGCUCUGAUGCCCAUCAAUCCCACCCCCCACCCCCCGGCUCCCUCCGAGCCCACCCCCAGCUCCAAAGCCCUGGAAGUUGGGGACAUCCAAGAACAGCCAGAAGACCCAAGGGCCUGGCUGACCCAGAGGCUGAGGGUUCGGCAGGACCUGGAGUCAUUUGGCAGCAUAGAGAGGUGGCUGCAGAACAAGUCCAGACUCACGCCUUCGGAGGCCAAGGUCCUACACGAGAGCCACAAGGAGUGCGAGGCCCGGCUGAUGGGCCAGCUGGCCACUCCCAGAGACACCGAGAAGAAAAGCCCGCGACCCCUCCACCGGCAGGUGCCCCAGCUACAACUGCCCAAACCCUCUGCCCUGUCGGCCUUGUACUCUUACCUGUGCAGCCACAAGAUCAAGAUCCAGGAGAUAUUUCACAAGGUGGAGCAGGGCAAGAAACAGAGGAUCUCCAGGGAGGAGUUCAUCACGGCUCUGAAGGCGGCGGUUGGAGUCCCUCUGAAAAGCCAGGAGGUGGAGGACAUCGUGAUCUGUCUCAGCUCUCUGGGAAAGCACAACAGCAUCACUGUGGAUAACCUGGCCAGCACCUGCAAGCAGUGGUCUUCGGCUCAGCAGAAAAGCACCCUGGCGACUGCAACAGAGUACUAUAGAUCUGCCAAGGACAGUGGUUCCCCACAGAGUCCAUCCAAGAAGCAGCAGGUGAAUUUAGCCCCAGAGCCUCUCAAGAUGGACCUGCUGACCGUGCCCGUGGUCGACACCGAGAUGGAGGCACGGCCCAUGACCCUGGAGGAGACGGACGAUGUGGGCGAGGGGUACCGCGAGAAGAAGCAGCAGAGCAAGCUCACCAUCCCCUCCAUCCAGUACACGGAGCACAGCGGGAACAAGCACUUUGAUGAGCACUGCCUCUUGUCCACCAUCCACGGGGAGAUGGAGGCGGUGAUCAACAGGUCGCGCACCAGCACCUUUCUGGUCUACCUGCAGUGCUGGAAGCUCUGCAAAUCCUACAGCCUCCCGCUGACCGAAGACGUCCUCAUGAGAGGUAAGGGCCUUGGGGCUGGUCCUCCGGAAGGUGCCAAGGGGGCCCACAGCCAGGGCGAGGAUGGCGUCCACCUGAGGUCUGUCCUUCUCCAGCUGACACACAUCAAAGCACGCCGCUGCGGCCUGUGGUGGGGACAUUGCGGGGCCGGGCGGUGGGGGUGGGGGAUGUUGGUGGUGGAGGGAGGAACAGCCCCGCCUGGUUCGCUCUUAGAUGGGAUUUUACAGCCCUGCAGGGCUGCAGGCUUCACAGGCCUGGAGGUCUGGGUUCCCCAGUCUAGAGCAGGAAGCGCCAGGCCAGGAGUUCCAGGUGAGGGAGCCAGAGGUUGGGCACAAAGAAAGGAUCCCGAUUUCAGAGAGGCAGUCUGGCUGGAAGUGGUAACUGCUAUGAUGCAUUGGGUGCUCCAAACCACUUGUCUAGGCCAGGCCUGUUUCUUGGUGCUUCUACCACACGGAGGGAAGAAGGCACCGGGAGACAGGUUCUGCUGAGGCCCUUUGCUCUCUGCUCAGACCACAGGCCUCCACCCUGAGAUUUCCUACUGGUUCUGCCCUCUGCGUGGGGGAAGGAUUGUGUUUUCACACAUGCAAGCAGAGCUGAACCCUCCACAUCUCUGGGUGUGUGCUUCUGAGACAUGGGACAGGGGAGUGUCCCCAUAACCCCCUGCUGACCAUGUAGCAAUGCCGGCAUCCCACAUUUAUGAGUUUAUUUAUUUAAUGGGCAGGUCACUGUCUGUGCUUUAAGAACACGGAGUGAGCUGCACUUGAGGGCAGAGGUUUUCCCAUAGGACCUCUGCAGGAGGGAGCUGUGGCCAUACUGGGCGUGUGGCUUUCUCAAAAAAGGGGGCCCCCAGAGUGUAGUGUGACUUACCUGAGAACAAGAGUUAACAGUCACAAUUGAUUGUUUCCAUCUUUUCCCCCAGAUGGAGGGAAACACGUGCUAAAUGUACAGGGCCUUGGGUCUUGUAUUAGUUUGCUAGAA